AUUCGUGACGUUCGUUCAGAAUUUCCAUUCGUUCAAUCAGUCUGCCCGCGACCGCCGUUCGAAGCAGUGGUUUACUAGUUUCCGUCGUACGAAAACGCGUUUCGGUGUGAUUUGUGUUUUGUUUUGUGGUGCACGAUGGCUUACAACGGUAGUGGUGGCAAGAGACUGUGUACAGGAACCGACCUCGACGUGGAAAGGAGUAAUGGCAACAAUUAUAUGGCGGGCGAGCCCCGUCGCAAACGCGAGCCGCCGGCGCGGCCGAACCACAUUCUCCUGUACACCAUCAUCAACCCCGCCUAUCCUAUCACUGUGGACGUGAUACACACAAUAAGCACCCCACACGGGCAGGUGCAGAGGAUCGUCGUGUUCAAGAAAAAUGGCGUGCAGGCCAUGGUUGAGUUUGAAAGCGUGGAGUCGGCGACGCGAGCGAAAGAGGCGCUACACGGCUGCGACAUAUACUCCGGAUGCUGCACACUCAAAAUUGAAUAUGCCAAGCCCGAAAGAUUGAACGUGUUCAAAAACGACCAAGACAGUUGGGACUACACACUAUCUGAAGACGUCCAGCCAGUGCAGCGGAGCGCCCCGCUCCUCCAGUCGCCACAGUACACCGGCGGACGACCACAGCCUUACAAUGCGUCGCUGAACCAGCCGACCACCAGACCGGCGAGCGAGGAUACUUGCAGCCAACACAGCCAGAACUCUUGCGAUCAUGCACAAAAUGACAUGGAGUUCGGAAGCGGCGGUCCGCCGCCCCCCGGGAUGAAAAUGGAGCGUCAUGGUCCACCGCCGCCUCAUCAUCCGCGUGAUGGUCGCGGUUACGGGCCCGAGGGAUAUGGUGGUGAAGGUUUCGUGCCGCCACCGCCCAUGCACCAUCCCGCUAUGCCGCCACAAAACCAGGGCGGACCACCACAGCAGGGCGCUGUGAUGAUGGUGUAUGGCCUGGACCCACAAACCGCUAACGCGGAUCGUCUCUUCAAUCUGUGCUGCCUCUAUGGGAACGUCGUCAGAAUAAAGUUCUUGAAGACAAAAGAAGGCACAGCGAUGGUUCAGAUGGGCGACGGCGUGUCAGUUGAGAGAUGCGUGCAGAAUCUCAACAAUGUCACAGUUGGAGACUACACAUUGACACUGGCAUUCUCCAAACAAGCGUACCUGUCCGAAGUAAUGAACCCGUACCCCCUCCCCGACAAGUCGCCCUCCUUCAAGGACUACGUCGGCAAUAAGAACAACCGCUUCCUCACGCCUGCCUCCAUUCAUAAGAACAGGAUACAACCGCCUUCCAAGGUGCUCCACUUCUUCAACACGCCUCCAGACGUGUCGGACGACCAGCUGUUGCAGGUCUUCAAGGACUACGGGGUCAUGCCCCCGCACACUAUCUCAAAGUUCCCGCUUAAGAGCGAGAGGUCAUCAUCGGGUCUGAUGGAGUUCCAGAACAUCUCGCAGUCAGUGAUGGCGAUCAUGGCGUGCAACCACGCGACCAUCCAGCACCCAGGUGCAAAAUUCCCGUUCGUAAUGAAACUGUGCUUCUCAUCGUCACGGCAAAUUGGGCAGGGCAAGGGCCAGCAGAAGAAAGACGGCCAGGGCCAGGAGUCGAACCCGCGGCAGAACAACGGCAUGCCAGAACACGACUACUAUUCCUAUCCCAAGAUUAAGUCAGAGCCUUACGAUCCAUAGAAUAAUUGCUGCUUAGCCAAAUCCGUCAGAACAGAACCUUACAACUGAUCUAGUUAAUGGCGAUGUCGGCGAACACACACAAACACAUAUCAAGACGGACUCACACACACAGCCACACGAGAGCGGACGGGGUUGCCAUUUCACAUGAAAACACCCACAACACACACCAGUUACCAAAAGGGUGAUACCACAAAAACAAUGGCAACAUUAUAUAUUAUAAUAUAUAUAAUUCCUUUACUUUUUAUGUGAUUUAGAUCACCCCCAAUAAAGACAUUAACAUAUAGUUUAUUAAUAUAAUUUUAGACACAUACAAUUUCAUGUUAACACAUUACAAUUCCAUUUUUUAUUUUAAAUUUUGUUUUUUUUUUCUAUAUGGACGAUGCCUGUUGAAUGCGUUGUGCAUCUGCUUGAAUUUUUGCACUAGUUUAUAUAUUCCUUAGGUAUUGGUUAAGUAAUAUUCCCAAUUUUAUUGGAGUAAUGUUAGACCUAGUUUUGUAAUAUUCUUUUCGGUGCCAUUUUCAAACACUCGUUGGUGUAUAUUUUUUUAGUCACAAGUGAAUGACUUUAAAACUGAAAUAAAAAAAGAUGUUUUUAAUUUAUGAUUUUGUUUUGUUUUGAGUUUUGAGGAUGGUACUGUUUUUCCCGUUUUUUAGUGAUGAAUAGUAAAUUGAUAUUAGAUUGUGACUUUGUUUAAGGUAUGUAAUUCGAAAAAAUAAUUAUUUUCCCUUUGUUAUUCUCAAAUGUAUCCUUUUAGUGUACAAAUUGAUGGAUAUUGUGAGAAAAAUAUUUUUCCAGUCCAUAAGUACACGUAUUAAUGUUAUAUUGACGAUUUUUCCCAGAACUUUGGUUGUUUGUAACAUGACAGUUGUGAAAAUGUACAAGAAAUAAAAAAUUUUAUGCUAUAAGGUAGAAAUUUUGAGUUUUAUUUAGUUUCUAUUCGAAGUAGAACUGUGCAUGUUUCUUCAUUUAUUUUUGCAUGGGUUUCGUGAUGUCCAUACAAAAUAGAGUGGCACUAAAUUUGUUUGUAAAACACCUGAGUUGACACGUUUAUUCUAAAAUUAAAGAACCAAAAAAUAUCUAAUUGUAAGAAAUAGUUUAGCACUCUCUAGGCUAGUAGUAAGUGUCAUUGCAAUGUCAAUUAUAUUCGAUUAGUGGAAAAAUAUGACAGUACGGAUUUUCUAUAAAUUUUUCUUAAUAAUGAAAAAAAAUAAAAAGAGUGUCGAUUCGAUUACAGUUUGGAAGCCUGCACAAGAAUGUGUAGAAUAGUUCUCGGUUCGAGACACCCGCUGUUCUGUUGUGUUCUUACUUAAGAGUUAGUAGAACGCGGUCGGCAACGCUGCCAAGUCACUAACAUAAAAGACAUUAUUUUUCCCUCUCGUGACCAAAAACAACGUUGCCGCCCGCGCCAAUAGUUCUCUAAAUAGCUGAAUAAUAUAAUAACAUUUAAAAAUCAGUGUUAUCAGGUAAAUAGAUGCAUAUCUUUUUCUCUAGAAAUAUUUUCGAAUGAAAAACUAAAUGUUCUAGCAUAGGCCCUGAAUGUCGUGGUAGCUAUUGUGUUUAAUGUACAGACGUUUGUUGUCGAUGGUUUGAUGUUGCAGAUAAUGUACUGUGCGGUAUUAAAUACACAACAAAUGUCAGAUAUAUCUACAUAGUAUUUAGACAAUGAUAUUAGAAAUUUAAAUGCAAUAAAAAUGUGUCCUAAAGAAUCUUGGUUGUUAAUUUUUUUUUAAUACUCAAAAUUAAUGUCAUUGUCUAAAAAAUUUAAAUGUAACACAUAAUUACAUAAAGCCAAAUGAUCGACUCUCCAAAAAUAACACAAGAAACAGCACUUUGCAUACAUUUUAAGGUAUAUAAAUGUAAACAUUUUAAUUUAGUUUCUUUCAAAUAUUUUUAGACUUGGCAUUGGAUAGUACUUGUAGCUACAUGGUAAAUUUAAAUACAUAUUAUGUCAACACAACAAAA